AUGACUGGAAGAGGAAAGGGCAGUGGGAAAAGUCGCGCCAAGGCGAAGUCUCGGUCGUCCCGGGCUGGCCUGCAGUUCCCGGUGGGCCGUGUUCACAGGCUCCUGAGAAAGGGUAACUACGCUGAGCGUGUGGGUGCCGGAGCGCCGGUCUAUCUGGCUGCGGUGCUGGAGUAUCUGACGGCUGAAAUCCUGGAGCUAGCCGGCAACGCGGCCCGGGACAACAAGAAGACCCGCAUCAUCCCCAGGCACCUGCAGCUGGCCGUGCGCAACGACGAGGAGCUCAAUAAGCUGCUGGGAAGGGUGACCAUCGCUCAGGGCGGGGUGCUGCCUAAUAUCCAGGCCGUGCUGCUGCCCAAGAAAUCCGCCGCUGGGGGCGCCGCUAAAAAGUGA